UCUCCUCACCUCCUGUUCUCUACUUCGCUCGCCUCCCAACCCCCGCUCCUUUCUACGCCUCCUUCUCUUCUUUACUGAAGCGAGAGGAAUUAGGGAAGGAGGAGGCGAUAUGUUGCUGGGGAAGCGGCAGCGGCCUCCCAUGAGGCGGACCACGAGCAUGACCGAGUUCGCCGCCGACGUCGUCCUCACUGACGGCGAGGUGAUGCAGCAGCCCUUCGAUCAGGAGAAGGUCAGCAACGCCCUUCACCACCAGCGGGACCAGUCGAGAGAGCGGCAGACCGCGUCGGAUUGGUUGGAGACGAAGAACCUGGGAAACCCGGCGGCGCCGUCGCCGCGGGGCGGCAGGUGCGCGAGGAACUCGGCCGAGCUAGUGGUGGUGGAUACGGCGCCCUUCCUCAUGGCCUGCGGCCUCUGUAAGCGCCGUCUUGGACCCGGCCAGGACACCUUCAUGUACAGAGGUGAUGCGUUUUGCAGCUUCGAAUGCCGUCAGCAGCACAUAACUCAGGACGAGCUGCAGGAGAAGUGCUCGUUGACUUCCAUGAAGGACACCUCCACUGCAACCACUGGAUCCGAGCAAGCCGGUGACAGCGAAAUGGUCGCCGCCGCAUAAGCUUCAGAGUUCCUUAAGAACAGUCCAUGUCAUGCACUGUAGAUGCUGCAGUUAGCAGAAGGGAAUAUAAUGUAGAAACAUGAAGCUGAUGUCUUUUCGGUUCUCAUGGAAAGCAAUGAAGUCUACACCAUCUUGUGCUUC